CCUGGAGCCGCACGGGUUCGGAGCUUGAGUCUCGACCCGUGACACAUAGAUUAACAUUUUGUCACGUGUCAAUUCUAUAUCCAUUCCCAUCCUCUGUUUUUUCUCCUCUCAACAAUGAAAAAUCACGGGCAAAAAAAUGGGUAAAAAUAAAAGCUUUUAAAAUCUAGCAACGAAGAUAAGACACUUGUGGAGAGCUUGUGGAACAAACACUCCCCUUCUUCCCAAUCGUCAUCUUAAAUCCCAUCCAACGGUCCAAAACUCACUGCAAUCACUAUCCUCAGAAAAAUAAUAUUUCUACAAUUACAUAAUCUCAUUGGCUUCUUCACCAUCAUCUCAAUAGAAAGCAAAAAAAAAAAAAUGGAAAUUGUCUAAGCCAAGUGACAAUGGCUUCUCUGCCAAUAUCCUUUGCUCCUUCUACAACAAGGGUUUUUGCAGCAACAGCUGCAAAUGGUGCAGGUGGAAGCAAAGAAGAGAAAGGGCUUUUUGAUUGGAUUCUUGGGAACUUGCAGAAGGAAGACCAGUUUUAUGAAACUGAUCCUAUCCUCCAGAAAGUUGAAGAAAAGACUGGUGGUGGCAAUUCCAAUGGCCGCAAGAACUCUGUUUCUGUUCCACAGAAGAAGAAGGGUGGUGGAUUUGGAGGACUUUUCGCCAAGAAUUGAACCUACCAUAGUUAUCCAAUCAUGGGGUCUUAUUGGUUUGGGAUUCCCCCCCUUUUUUUUUUUAACUUUGUUGAACCUUUCUUGAUUCUUGAACACUAAGCUGUUAUUAAUUUCCUUCAAUGCACGCUACUUUUUUUCUCUAUAUAUUUUUAUAAAUU